AUGCUUUAAAACUAAUUUCUUUACCUCUAAGAAGAACUAAUGAGCACAUUACCGCAAGUUAAAGAGAAGGGCAAAUGUCCUGCUCGCCAAAAAAAUCUUCGUUUAAUCACUGGUAAACAUCCACAGCAUCUAGCCUAAAGAAAUACAAAUAGUUAAGUAGACUCUGAGGGCUUCAACCCUCCACCUGUGCUUAAUUAAAAAACUAUCCUCAAGUAGAGAAAUCUCUUGAACUCACUUUCUAAAGAUGAAUUAACUAUUAACAAUAUAGCAUCUUCAGCAUCUACUGAUGAAACAUAUACCACUCCAAUAGCUAAUGACGACAUGGGCGAAAGCUGUUUGUCAGACAAAGUAUAGCCAAUUAAUGAAGAUGACGUCUUAGAAGCAAGAAUUCAUAAGUGGUUGGACGAAUAGCAUAUUUAUAUUACUGAUCCAAGGGAUAAGAGGGAUAAAUAUUACUAAAAACUGAAGACAAUUUCUUGUAAAAUUUCAUAAAUACAAUCUUCAAUCUAUCUAUUAGGCGAAGAUGAAAAAACAAAUGCUACAAUAAGCGAAAAUAUAUUUAGUUCUAACAAUUUGACUAACUUGACUUGCUUAACAAAUUCUACUAUCCCUAAUAUGGCUACAUAUCAUGAUAUUUCUAUGAAUUUAAGUUUAAAAAAAAUUGAAAACUCUCCGCUUUUACUUCGCAGAGGAAAUAAAGAUAAAAAAGGAGAGAAGGAUGAAUAAGUUCCAGUUACUUUAAAAUCUAUGAAUAAUUGUUAUUUAGUCAAAUCGCCUACUAACAAAAAGCAGACUAAAAAUCCUAGCAUUUUCAGAGCUUCAGAACCAAACAUAAAAAAAGAAACUACAAUCCAAAAUAUAGACACAGUUGCAUUCACAUUUAAUGAGCUUGAAGAAAAUGAAAAAAAAAAUUCUGGGAGUAUUUAAGAAUUGAGUUAACUCUCAAUUGAUAUGCAUGAUUCUGUCACUAUUGUUUCAGACAGCAUUUUUAAUUAAAAAAUUUGA